CCAGUUGUGACAGUCGAUAGCUGACUGCCAGAGGGAACGGCCGCGCGCGACCUUCCCGCGAAAUACGUCUUACGUAUCGUAAUAUCGUGUUACAUUUUCAGAGUGUACAAAUUUUACUUGAAGUGUUUCGAAAUAAAUUAAAGUAAAUGUGUUUCAACGUACGACGUUAAAUCAUUAAAGGAUUUGAAAAGAACCCAUCAAAUGUGCAGAUGUAGAAAUGUAACAAUAAAAGCAAGAAUAACACCAAAAAUGAAGCGGCGAUCGUUAACCACGGUACGUGAGGAGUCACCACAGAAGGCAUACGUGAGUGACGUCACGAUAUACGUCAUGGUCACCACUACAGCAGUCCUCAGUUACAUGAACAGCCUCAAUGGGGACUUUGUCCAUGAUGAUAUACCAGCUAUUGUGACGAAUGGAGAUGUGAUAGGAACGAAUUCGCUGAAGCAACUGUUUCUGGAUGACUAUUGGGGGAUGCCGAUGGCUGAUGUGAAUAGCCAUAAGUCUUAUAGGCCGCUUACUACGCUGUCUUUUAGAUUAAACCACGCCCUAGCAGGACUGAGGCCGUGGUGGUGGCACGCAUGCAACGUUGCACUACACGCUGCGUGUUGCGCGUUAGUUGCGCGAGCUUGCGUCACUAUCGCGCGACUGCAGCGUCCAUUCGCUGCACUCGCUGCACUGUUGUUUGCAGUGCAUCCUGUACAUACUGAGGCGGUAGCUGGAGUAGUAGGCAGAGCCGAUGUAUUAGCUUGUAUAUUUUUUCUAUCGUCACUUCUCGUUUAUCACAGGCCUCCGAGCAACAAGAAGUGUGUUUGGCUCAGCGUCGUGCUCGGAGCUCUCAGUAUGCUGGCCAAAGAAACUGGCAUCAUGAUAUUUAUACUCAAUCUAGCCUUCGACUUUUAUAGAUGUUGGCCGUUUGUUAAAAGAUCAAUAUGUUCCUUAAAAAUCGAGAAGAAAUGUACAGGCCUAUCACUAAGGACUAUAAAAGUGGUAGUUUCUUUAGCCUUGUUAGUCUGUUUGAGGCUGGCUCUAUUACAAGGGACGUGGCCCUCAUUCUCACCGCAAGACAAUCCAGCUGCCUUUCACCCCAGUUUUUUUGUCAGAUUGAUGACGUUCUGCUACCUAGCAGCAUUCAACUGGUGGUUGCUCCUGUGUCCGUGGACCCUCAGCCACGACUGGCAGAUGGGAUCAGUACCACUGAUCACCAGUGGGUGGGAUCCCAGGAACUUGCUCACUUGUGCUGCCUUUGGGGCACUGCUGGUGCUGUGCUAUCGGUUUAUUGCCGAUUUAGAGGUACAGAAGCACACGCCAGCGGUGAUCGGCGUCCUCCUAAUGGUCCUACCCUUUGUGCCUGCAAGCAAUUUACUUGUAACAGUGGGAUUUGUAAUUGCCGAGAGAGUGCUUUAUAUACCGAGUGUCGGCAGUGUCAUAAUAACAGCGUAUGGAGUACAACUGAUGUGGUGUUCCAAGCCUGGCACGAAGGUGUACCUGGCGAUUGGACUGGCGGUCCUCGCAGCCAGUGGAGUCGCCAGGACACAUCGGAGGAAUGCUGAGUGGAGGGAUCGAGCUACUUUGUUAAGGGCGGAUUUAGUGACUUUGCCGCAGAACGCUAAACUGCACUACAACUUGGCGAACUUUCUACGCGAGACAGAACAACAAGACAGCGCCAUCAAACAUUACAAAGAAGCUUUGAGAUUAUGGCCAAGUUACGCGAGUGCUCACAACAACAUAGGCACUUUGGUGUCGGGUAUGGAUAACGCUGAACAUCAUUUCUUACAAGCGAUAAAGUUUAAUAAGUACCACGUGAAUGCACACUACAACCUCGGCAAGCUUUAUAAGAAAAGUGGCAGAAUGCAGCAAGCAGUAACAAUGUUAGAAAAAUGCAUAUGGCUGCAGCCAAGAUUCGUGCAGGCCCACGUGGAACUGCUAUCUUUGAAGACAGAGAAUGAGAAGCAAAAGAUUCUGAUGAGACUGGUCGACCUGGAACCGAGUAACUGGGAACAUUAUGUACUGUAUGGUGAUUGGUUGAGAAGUAGAGGGUUGCCAGCGCCAGCUGCAAAAUACUACCUAGAAGCAACAAGACUGAGUUUUAGGUACCGAGGGGCUGAGAGGAACGUCAGAGCAGACCUGAUCACCUUCAGGUAUACUGCGCUGAUGUACCGGUCACUGGGACAGAAGUCUAGAACACUGCAGCUACUAACAAGAUGGCACACGUGGAGACGAGGUUGGCCGAGUGCAGCAGCAGCACACAUGUACUUAAGAGACUGGCGACUCAAAAUGGAGUUGGAGGGUCGAGCACAAUUAUAUUCUAAGGCUGUCAGUCCUACUAAAUCAACAAAAUGCUUCGACCACACACAACUAGCGGUCGGUUCGAAAGAAGAACGAAUACCACAAAAAGAAGAAAAAAAUAAAACUGUGGACACAAAAAGUGCUAUCAAAAUCUCAAGUGAUAAAAAAGACAGUGACAAUAGAUCGUGUGGGACCAAAAAACGUAACUUAUCUGUUUCGUCACAAAUAAAGACAACACACAAUAAAUCUGAGAUCGGAUUAAAAGACAAAAAGUGUACUUUGCAUAGGAAAGAUAAGAAAAAGAAUAAUGGUGUUAUACCAAACAUAGGUGCGCCGUUAGCUGAACACAUACUUAUGAAGACAUAUUAAUUUUAAAGGCUUUUACACCAUUUAAGACAAGCAAUCCAGACUGGUUGAUUUUAUAACAAGAUGUUAAAAUAUUGUGUUUAAAAUGUUUCAAAGUAACAAAUGUUGUAACUGUUGAUUCCCGUAAAGAUCUGAUUGAAAUGAAAACAACAAAAACUUUGACUUUUUACCUGAAAGUUUUGCUUGCUUGUCGACAAGUUACCUCAAGUGAUUUAAGUGACAAAACUGUGAGUGAAGCCAGUUCACGAUAUUAUGUCCAUAAAUUUUGGAGUGUGAUAUUUUAAGCGUGAAUGUUUCUUUUGGCGUAGAAAACGCUUGGCAGAUUUUUUUAACAAAAGGUUAGUUCUAGAUACGCCGACAAUAUCGCAAAAUGUAGUUAAGAUGAGAAACUUCGAGUUUGGAAAGUUCUGGACUGUAAUGGAGUUUCCAAAUUCGUUGUGUUUAGAUAGAAAACUAAUUUAAAACGAUGUUUAGUGAUAAUAAUAAGAGAAACAAUCUAUUUUUGUCAGAAUGUGUGGAGGGUGAUUUAUAUGAAAAUGCACAAAAUUUUUACGCUAGCAUUAGUCAUUUGUAUGGUUAUGAUAAUGUUUGGUUUAAAGGUAUUAUUUUAUUGUACCCUAUUGAAAUUGAUAAAAUGUUUUGGAAAAAUGAUUAGGAUGAUGAUUUUUGUACAUUAUUUAUUUGAUUUAAUCCUACUAUUGUUGAUAUAAAGGCUAAGGAUUGUGCCACAGCUAGUAAAGAGAAUGCGCUUGGCCUUACUGGUCGGAAUUGUACCGCGAACGAUGGUUGAACAAUAAGUUAUUAUUGACUCCGUUCAAUAUUCACAGACAACAUAGCGGUUAUUUAUUGUGUUGUUGAUGGCAAUGUAGUGAAAAUGUUCUUGAACAUAAUACCAGAUGUUCUCUUCUGAGUUGCAAACCACAAUCAACUAAUUAUAAUUGUAUAUUUUUCUGUAAGCAUAAAUAUAAUCCUCACUUUUACGAGUAUAUUGUACUCAUAUACUUUCAAACUACUAACUAACUAUGCGUAAGUGUUUUAAGUGUGCAUCCAAAAGGCCGGAAACGCACUUUUAAACAAGGCCUCUGGUGAUUCAGGUGUCCGAGGGCAAGGGCGGCGAUUGCUUACCAUUAGGUGGACUAUCUGCUCGUUUACCGGCUUUUGCAUUUAGUAUUUCAAACGCAUUAUAACUUUUGUGUUUUUUUUAAUCUUCCAAUUAAUUAAAACUAAAUACUUUCACUACAAAUGUACAAUCAAAUUAAAAUUCUACACUGACGAAAUAAAACAGAUUUUUUAUCAACAUUUUUGUUGAUCCUUACAAAACUUUAGCACAUGUUUAGAAUAAUACGUGAACAAGUAAAUAUAAUGAUUGCUGUCAACAACAGAAUAAUAGAAGGCGAUCCCAAUAUAAAACUAAGAUGUAAAUAAUAUGUAUAAGUAUAGACUUUGGCACGUGACAAUGCUUUGAAUGUACUGAGAAUAAACAAUUUGAAUGAUA